UUGUCACAGUAACAGCUAACUAGUGUUGCCAGAGCAAGUAAAUAAAAACUACCACUAAUUACGUUCCAUAACACGCAGAUUUAGUUUACAAGAAUGGAGGAUCAGUUUCAACUAUUGUUUGAUAAAAUGAAGAAUGAAAUCUUGAACCAAACAAUAGAAUUGAAAGAUUCGAUAACAAAUAAUAUAAUGGAGAGAUUAGACGAAAAACUUCAACCUAUUAUAACAGAAAAUAGAAACUUAAAAAUAAAAGUAGAAAAUCUCGAAAAGGAAGUAGAAAGUUUAAAAAGAGGAAAGAAGCAAAACAAUUUGAUAAUGUUUGGAGUAAAUGAAGGCGAAAGGUCUACACAAGAAUUAAUACAAAAUACAAUACAUAUUUUCAAAACUGACCUUGACAUACAAUUACAAGAACAUGAGAUAAACAAAAUAUAUCGUCUAGGAAAGGGAAAGUCUUCUGGAAAACCAAGACCAAUUCUGAUUUCCUUUACGAGCGAAUGGAAGAAGAAUGAAGUUAUGGGAAAGAAGAAAAACUUCAAAAAUGUAUAUGUUACAGAAGACUACACAAAGGAAGUAAUAGAGAAAAGGAAAACGUUGCAGGCGCAGCUAAAAGAGGAGAGAGAAAAGGGAAAUAUCGCGUACCUGAAAUUUGACAAACUAGUAGUAAAAGGAAAAAAUACUAACAUAAAUAAGGAAAAGCGCAAAAGAGAAACAUCAUCAUCCCCACAAAACAAUGCUCAACCAAGGAAACAACAAACUCUAAUGCCGCCGAUUAACAAUAGACCAAAUGCUUUCGACGUAAUGAGGAUUAGAGCUAAUUCUCUUUCGUCUCUUCCCGCUAAGACAACAACUAACAAAGAAUAACAAUUAACUGUCGGUAAACGGAAAAAUAAACAGCUCAACAUGAACCAACAUAAAAUAACAAAACAAAAUACUUCCCCAAGCCGACUGGUCAUCGUGGGGAAAAAUGACCACGACCCUCUAAAGGAAAA